AUCGUGCAUGCGCGGGGAACGCACUGUCUAUUCUAUUUUGCUGCAUUCCCUAGAAUUUUCUACACUUACAAAAUGGGAUAUAUAAAUAUACAUAUAUACAUAUAUGUAUACUUGUUUGAGAGAAUGAGAGAGAGAAAGAGCAAAGCAUGUAGAAAAUAAAUAUAAAAAAUGCAAACAAAAUGACACAGCCUUACUAUUGAUAAAGAAGUGACACUCCUUUGCUCACACGCUGCUUGAACACAGAAUACGCUGAUUGGUCAAUCGCAUUUAGUGUAAUGAAUAUAUCUAAAGUACCACUGGUCGAUGUGAGUGAUUGUGUAAGCGGUGCUAACAUUUUUGAAGCGUUGAUUGUGCAACAGCAGUGAGCAAUAGCAAUAUUUCUAUUAUAUACAUGAUGUAAAAGUGGAAAAUUUGGCUUAAACAAAAUAAAGAUUCGUUCAAAUAGUCGGAAAUUUUUUUCAUACUUGAUUUUUGAGAAAAUCUUUGAGGAUCAUCCGUCUAUGGUACGUGUGCAUUCGGAUUUAACGAGACUUAGGAUAUUAUAUAUUCUUGAAGUUAUCCGGUUACCAUGGCGAUAGAAAGCGAUAACAAUUCUCUCUUCUUCGAAUAAUAUUGAGAGGAAUUAAAGGACAAGCGCAAAAAACACACGAAACAAAAACAGAACGAUAUAUACCAUUAUAUUAUUACAAUUAUUGCAAGAGAAAAUAAUGGCAAAUGACGUUCUCAGCAAUGGUCGUUUACAGGAAAAUACAGUUGUACAACGGACGAGAAACGACAGAAGCAAAAGAGCUCCGGAUAUAGCAGCUAUAGAGAAUCGCAAUUGGCUAUUACAUCGACAUUAUACGAGACACGAGUACAGUGCUUGCAAGGUACUAAUCGAACAAGAACUAAUGAAAUCGGAUGGUCACGAAUACGCCAGUUAUUUGAAGGGUUUAAUUCUCCGAAAAGAAGGCAAAAUUCAAGAUUCACUGGACUGCUUUCAAACCGCGUACAAUGUGAAUUCGACUAAUGUCGAUAACGUUAAACAGAUAGCGAAAUCGUUAUUAAUAAUGGGAAGUCAUAGGCGUGCGAUAGACGCAUAUACGGAAGCUGAAAAGAUAUCCGCUGUACCGGAUUGGGAAAUAUAUUAUGGUCUUGGCGAGGCUUACGUGAAAUUGAAUCAAUUACAAGAGGGCAAGAAGCAUUUCAAGAGAUCAACUGAAUUAACGAAAAGUGAGUUGCCCAAUCUUGCCCUUGCAAGACUUUAUCUUCUAGAUGAUAUGAUUCCAGAAGCCAGAAAUGCUUAUACAGCAGCUUUGAAUGCAAAUCCCGAAAGUAUUGAUGCAGCGACGGAAUUGGGUCUUUUGUAUCUAAAAAUUGGAGAUAUGCAACGGGCAUUUCAACAAUUUGGAGCGGCAUUAGCUUAUUCGCCUAAUUGCAUUAAGGCGAUUUUGCCCAUGGCUUAUAUAAUGCAGAAUCACCGAGAUUAUGAUGUAGCUUUAUCGAAAUAUAAAGUAGCAGCACAAAUUAUUCCGGAAUCUUCGGCGCUUUGGAAUAAUAUUGGAAUGUGUCUCUACGCAAAACAAAAAUACGUUGCUGCUAUUAGCUCGUUGAAACGAGCACAUUACUUAAGUCCAAUGUCCUGUGUCCCGUCGUGUAAUCUCGGAAUCGUUUUUCUCACCACUGGACAGCCUGCAUCCGCCGCGAUUUAUUUAUGCGCUGCGGUCAGCGCCGAACCAAAAAAUCCUACACCAUAUUUGUUAUUAGGUCUUUCUUUGAAACGUUUGGAUGAUCUGGAAGGUGCCGAGAAAUCCUUGACGAAAGCUCACGCUCUAGCUCCUCAGGAUCCACUGAUAUUGAUUAAUUAUGCCGUAGUUCUCGACGCUCGUGGUAAACAAACUAAUGCUGCUGAUAUCUUGACAGCGCUCAACGAUAUUAUGGCUGUCGUUGACGUCGAUAUGCAGAUAUCGCAAAUGGCAAAAAAGUUAUCAAAGAAAUUGCAACAUGAAAAAACAGAAUUAAAUACUAAUCAAGAGCCGCCAGCUGAAAAGAGUGAAGAACAACAAUUGAGCGCUGAUGAAGUUUAAAAAGCACAUUUUUCUCUCUCACUCUCUCUCCACAAACUGAGAGGAUAUCCAUAUUAUAUCUAUAUAAAUUUUAAACAAAAUUUAAUAAAAUAGUAUUUGUUGAAACAUUA